GUUACGAAUUACCCUGGCGUGGUGGGCAUGAAGGAGAGACUGUUUUGGUUUCAUCACGAGCGGCUCGAAGGCAAAGCGCAAAGCAACGACGCUCUGAGCACAUCCCACACCAACGACUUUGAAGUCGAAAUGACCGUCGCCCUCGUCUCCCACCUUUCGCAACAGGGAGCGUACGCCCAAGGAGACAUUGCAGUCCUUACGCCAUACCUAGGACAGCUUCACCGCCUUCGUCGCCGGAUGGAAUCCAUGUUUGACAUCUGCGUGAACGAGCGAGAUCUGGAAGAACUCGACGCGCUUCAGGGCGAUGGCUCCGAGGUUCCCGUCUCUCGAACAUCGCUCCUCAGCAAGACGUCUCGCGUCAGCAAGACAGCCCUUCUGAAGAGCGUCAGAGUCGCAACCGUUGACAAUUUCCAGGGCGAGGAAGCCAAGGUGAUUAUCAUAUCGCUAGUCCGGAGCAACCCCCAGAACAACUGCGGCUUUCUGCGCACCUCGAACCGGAUCAACGUCCUCCUCUCACGAGCGCAACACGGCAUGUACAUCAUCGGAAACUCGGACACGUACAGGGAAGUCCCAAUGUGGGCAAACGUCAUCAAAUUGCUUGCGAAGAAUGACAAUUUCGGCUCAAGCCUCGAGCUUCAGUGUCCUCGGCACCCAGACACACCCAUUCUCGUCUCGGAGCCGGAUCACUUUAUGCAAUUCUCGCCCGAGAGCGGCUGCAACAAGCCGUGUGACAAGAGGCUUGGCUGUGGGCAUUCUUGCCCUGGACGAUGCCACGCAGACAAUCUUCAUCUCGCCGUCAGAUGUCUCGAAAAGUGCCCUCGGUUGAAGCAAGGUUGCGACCAUGCCUGUCCUCUUCGGUGUGGAGAGCCCUGCCAGCCAAAGUGCCAAGCGUUGGUCAAAGAUAUCAACCUCUUGCUUCCGUGCGGUCACCAUCUCGCAUCAGCAAAGUGCUUCCAAGCUCAAGACCCCCGGUCGGUUCGCUGCAUGACGAAGGUGUCGCGGACGGUUCCAGGGUGCAACCAUUCCGUCACAGUCCCAUGCUACGAAGAUGUCACCAGUGCCAACUACCGAUGCAAGGCCUUGUGUGGAGACGCCCGGCCUUGCGGUCAUACGUGCAAAGGCACCUGCUGCGUUUGCAACACGCGAGCAGAGGGCGAGAUGGUGGAGCAGAAUCAUGGGAUAUGUAAACAGCCUUGUGGCCGAAACUCUUCCACCUGUCGCCACAGUUGCAUUCAGCCAUGCCACGAUGGCACUCAGUGCAAGCCCUGCGAUCAACAAUGUGAAGUACGUUGCAGCCAUUCAAGGUGCAGCAAAGCCUGCCACGAGCCUUGUGCUCCCUGCGCCGAAAGUACCUGCGAAUCAAGCUGUCCUCACGCUAAUUGUACGGUCUCGUGUGCAGCGCCUUGCAACUGGGUGCCUUGUUCUCUGAGAUGCGAGAAGAUGUUGGAUUGCGGCCAUCAGUGCCCUUCCCUUUGUGGCGAGACUUGUCCAGAUUCCAUGUAUUGUCAACAGUGUGCGUCUCCAGAAAUCAAGGCAUCUUGUGUCGACUUCCUCGAGAUGAAGGAAUACCACGAAGUCGAUUUGAACGAGGAGCCGUGCAUCUUUCCCGACUGCGGCCAUUUCUUGACCGUCUCUUCCAUGGACGGACAGAUGGGCAUGUCAGCGCACUACAAGCUGGAUGACAACGGGCUACCAAGAGACAUUCUGGGAGGCUCCAACCCAUUCUCCAUGGACGACCAAGGUGUCAAAGGAUGCGCUACGUGCCGCGGACCUCUUCGAAAUAUCUCCCGAUACGGCCGUAUUGUGCGCCGAGCCAUGCUUGACAUUGCGACAAAGAAGUUCAUCGCUUGGUCAAAUUCCGAGUACCUCGUCCUUGCAGAGCGUCUCGUUGCGGAACAGGAGAAGUUGGCAAAGACACCCGCACCUCCUAUGGUCGUUGAGUCUGCCAAGAAAGACGGCAACCUGGCUCUUCCGGGUUCGCGAUGGAAACAAAUCAAUACCUUGAAGAGCGUUGUGGGCAAGGAGCGAUAUACAUUCAUCACCACAUACCGGAGCCAACUGAUCGCGUACUCUCAAAAGGUGAGGAAGGAAGAACAACCCUUUCAGAGAGUUGCAGAGCUUGUCCGGUAUGCCAAUCUUCAGCACGGCACAGACAAAACGUUCCAGUACGACCAGUCCAUCAUCCAGGUUAAAGGGUCCCUCCUUGCAUCUGCGUUGUUGAUGAAAUGCGAUGUUGCGAUUCUUUUUGACUUCUUGGGAGUUGUACGUCAAAAUAAGUCAUUGUCUGUCGAGUCAACGGCCCAGUUGGAUCUUUCGGCCUUCUUCCAGGAUUGCGAGGAUUUAAUCCAGUCUGCGCAUUCUACCAAGCUUCCGCGGGAAGAGGUCCAAGGGCAUAUAUUCUAUGCACAGUUGUGUGCGUUGUGCCGUUCCUUUGGCCCCUCUGCGCGGUCGCAAGAACCAUCGACAGAGCCAGCGCCCAAUCCAUCGCCACCAGUUACUGGAAUCCAGGCCAAGACUUCGGAUGAACUGACAAAAAUCGGGGGCGACCAUGUCAAUCAAGCUCGGGGGUUGCUGGAAGAAUAUCCAUCCACGGCUGUGUUCAAGAAGGAGGUCGACGCCAUCGAAGACACUUUACGCGGCAGUUUCUACCGUCCAGUCACUGCGGAGGAGCUGCGGCAAGUCUAUUUGGCCUCAACCACAGAAUUAAGAGGCACAGGUCAUUGGUACACUUGUGCAAAUGGCCAUCCGUUCUCAAUCAACAAUUGCGGCAUGCCCAUGGAAGAAGCCAGGUGCCCAGACUGCAACGCUCCUAUUGGCGGGCGGGACCAUGAAGCAGUCGAAGGUGUGAGACGUGCCACUGGGAUUGAGGAGAUUGCCAACGGAGUUGGAGGACUUGGACUUGAGUGAUGCGUUAUACGAAUGAAGGAUCGCGGUAGGGUUGACGGUAGUCUAGGGUUUUCAGUUGCCGCAUUCUGUUGGACGAAUUUUGAUGUGAAUCUCGUGUAAAUAUCCUUCGAUUUCUGGCCUUUUGUUUGACCAGGAUCUUUGUGAGAGCAGGUAUCUUAGAGUGGUUGCCAGCCAAGAUAGGUCGUGAAACUGAAACUCUCAAGGCAGAAUCAAUGAAGAUAUUGUCCCACGUCCCGAAGGAUCGUCUGUAUAGAAUCUCAACGCGGGCAUGUCUUUUGUGCAUAUCAAUGGCAAUGAUGUUAGACGAGCCCAAAGUAUCAUCGCC